UUUUCUCUCAUCGUUUUCCCACACCCAGAAAAUUUUCUCGCCAGCCAAACGAGAUCCGUGAGAAUUUUCUCAUCGCUCAAAGAGAAAAAUCCGAGCUGAACAGAUUAGAAACAAGAAAAGUGCAGCUUUUCCGGGAAAAUUCCGUUCUCAAACCCAGAAAAUUUUCUCACCAACCCAACAACAACACUCACAAACCCACCCGGAAAGAAAAAAUUCCAGACCAGAGAAGAACUUCGAAUAUACCCAGCGAGAGAAACCAGUGUGAUUUUCCGGGAAAAUCUUUCUGGAAAACCAAAUAUCUGAAGGUAAAAGGAAAGAAAAAUAGAUUCGGAGGGAAAGAAUGUGUCUGAUGUGCUUAUGCGACGAGCAAGAGACAGAACUGGGAAGACAGCAAGCCCCAGGGACGUGUCCGUACUGCGGAGGUAAAGUACACGCGCUCGACGUCGAGAGCAAAUGGAACUUCUGUUUCGUGACACUCUGUUUCAGGAUCAAGAGGAGAUACCAUUGCUCUUCUUGCGAUCGUCGUCUUGUUCUUUAUCACUGAAAAUAAUUGCCCUGAUUUCUCAAUUAUAAUUAUUUGCGGGAAAUAAUUUGAUCCGAUGUGUACCGGUUUGGUACUUGUACCGGUUACGGUUAGGUGCGGCCCAAUGAAUCCCUGUCGUGAAAUCCGGCAUGGUUUUGUAACCCUUUCGGGGUUAUGAUUCUCGAUGGUACUUAGAUGUUUUAGUUCUUUUUAUUGUCUGCGUGUGGGGCCCCUUGAAGCCGGUUCAAAUAACUAUGGGGCCUUUUAUCUAUUAUGAUGUUUUUUCAAUGUUGUAACCAUUAAUAGUGUAAUCGUGGUUAGUAUUAUGAUUUUCUCUUUCGGAGCGUUUAAAAUACUUUUUUUUUU